AUGGUUUUGAUGGCUUCACAUAAAGUUAAAAAUGACAUAAGGCUCAAUCAAAACACAUUGGCAACUGCUGAAGUAGGAGAUUAUCCUGAUCAUUCCCAAUCACCUAAUCAUGUACCCGAAAAUUUGUCGGGUGAUAGUGAUGUAUCAACCAGUGCUGUCCCAGAGUAUAAUGAAUCAAAGCAGGAGACAAUUUUGCUUUCUGGAGGCCAACAAUACUCAGUGGUUCAUACUAAUCCCAACUACAGUUUUGGUUUUGUUCCUCCCAUGUUAGGGAGUCAGUUUGCACCAUUUGAAAACUCUGAGCCUCAAAAUCGUGACGUUUCUCGGCUUCCAAGCUUUGUAGUCCAACAACCGUUUGACCCAACAAAUUAUUAUGCUCAGUUCUACCGAUCAGGUGCUGAUAGUGACGGUCGUGUUUCCCCAUUUCCUUCACCAGGAGUUGCCGCAAAAUACAAUGGGAAUCUUGCAGUGUUGCCACCACAGACUUCUCAGUCUCCUCAAGAGGGUGGGAAUUCUUUAGUCCUGUCUACAGCAGGUCCGACUCCGCCGGCAACUCAGGCUGCUGGUCUCAUGCAAAGUUCUAUAGCUGUGACCCAGCAACCAGUUCCUGUUUUCCGUCCUCCAACUGGAGUGCAUAUAUCUCAUUAUCCUCCAAACUACAUUCCAUAUGGCCACUAUUUCUCGCCGUUCUAUGUACCACCUCCUACCAUCCAUCAAUUUUUGAGCAAUGGUGCAUUUCCUCAGCAACCUCAAGCUGGCAGUGUGUAUCCAGCUCCACAGGCAGCAGCUGCAACAGGUGCCAAAUUUUCACUUCCGCAGUACAAACCUGGAACUAAUACUGGUAACUCGAACCAUAUUGGAAUGCCAAGUGGCUAUGGACCAUAUGGGUCCUCCCCAGCUGGCUAUACUCCUAGUUCUGCUGCAACAGCUGGCAACUCAACUCCUAAUGAGGAGCUUGGUGCUUCCCAGUUCAAGGAUAGCAAUGUCUACAUCACUGGACAACAGAGUGAAGGUUCUGCCGUGUGGAUUGCUGCACCUGGCCGAGAGAUAUCCAGCUUGCCAGGAAGUUCAUUUUACAAUCUUCCUCCUCAAGGUCAGCAUGUAACUUUUGCUCCAACGCAGGCUGGUCAUGGCACCUUUGCGGGUAUCUAUCACCCUGCACAAACAGUAACAGCAGCAACAGUACAUCCACUUCUACAACAAUCUCAGACAAUGGCCGGAGCUGUUGAAAUGGGGGGACCAGCGGCCAGUGUUUAUCAGCAGCCACAGCAUGCACAGAUCAACUGGCCCAGUAACUACUGAAACAGGGAUAGAUUUUUUUUCUUUUUGUAAGCCGGGAAAACAAGAAAUUAAAGUCCAAUCUUGGAAAUAUUUUUGGGAACUCCAACGAGUUUGGAUGGUGGAAAAUGAAGAAGAUAUACAGUGGCUGGAUUUGAGAGUGUAAAUCUAUGAAAGGAGGCUGGAAAAACAUUUGCCAGUAGUAUCUUCUGGUUGGUUGGGUUGAGGACAUAAAAGAUGCAGUUCGCCUGUAACUGAUGUUGAUCAUUUUAAGUUAGUCAAGGUAGGCAUGUGCAGGUUUCUUGCUGCUGCUCUGUGGUGUUACCAAUUUUUCCAUUUCAUAGUUUCAGUCUUUUUUCGCCUCCUUUUUCUAUAACUUUCUGAACUCUACUAGAAAUUUACUGUUGAGUGGUGAGAAUCUUUUCCAUUCUUUUUUCCCUUUUAUAUUUGAGGUUUUAUAGGGCUUUGGAAGGUAAGAUAUAGGUCGUUGGAGAAAUUUUUCCAUUCUUUUUUUCAUGUCGUUAUGCAGUCUUACCUGUAAAGUGAAUUUUGAUAGCAUGAAAAUGAUGUACUGGACUCUUGUAAUUGGUGAAGCCGAAGGGAACGUUGCAAUUGUUUCAGUUAACUGAUUAAUAGUAAGUAAAUGCUUUUCAUAGGUAUAGGAUUGAGGGUGAUAGUUAAUUUAUUAAUGAGGGUUAUCCUUUUUGGCCUUUUAGAAGUGAUUCACUUGAAGUUUAAGUUGGUGGUUCCUCAGUUAGAAAUGCCGUUACUGGAUUUUGUUUGUUCCUUUUAAGUAAUGAUCUUGGAAUAUCCAGGUCACAUGUUUUCCAUAUGUACGAGAUUAUAAAUUAUUUUACUGUUGAUCAAAUUCCUAUUGUUGCAUUUUGCAA